AUGGAAGACAUGGAAGCCAUUCGGCUAAGAAAGCAAGAGGCCAUGAUCAAAAGAGGGCGGAUGAAGAAAUACUCAUUUUCUCUGCGGGAAAGCAGAAAUGUUCAAAUGCUAGACGAUUCAAUGAUCGACAAUGCAACUGAAACGCUAACCGUUCAUCUAGAUCAGACAAUUUUCACCAUGAAAAAGAAAAAAUCUUCUAAAAACUUUGCUCUGAGUACUGGUUUUACAAGUAGCUGA